UUUUCACCGUCUUCCCUUAUUUCUCGUAAGGUAAGAUAGACGCCAUUACAGCUCCAGAGAAGCACAAUAACCUGAAACAUCAGAUCUCGUUUCAGAAGGUUUCGAAGUCCUGGCUUAUCCGAAUUGUUCGAUCUGGUCAGAACCCUUGUUGCAAUGACAAUUGUUCUCAAUUCUGUAAACAAACCGUGGAGCUCAUUACAAGUGUUGUGCCAGGAAAGCCAAUUUUGUCUAAAUACUUUGAUUUAGAAGUCUUGAUGUCGAAUAAAUCUUUGGGGAAGCAUGAACAUUGUUAAAGGUGUUGCUGACCUUCUUCGAAGGACCUCUACUGGCCAACCUGGAGAAUCUGGUUCAUGGUCACAAGCGGAGAGGUUCUCUGCCCCCUGCCCAAAGAUCUGCUUCAGUGAAGUUGGUGAUGAGGCAAUUCUGAACACACUUUGGAGAAGACAUGAGGCUGCCAUUGAUAAGGUGGAAAAGAGGAAGUUGUUUUAUGUCUUCCUCAAGCAGUUUCUACUCGUUUACAAGAACUGGGAACCUGUGUGUUCUUCUCAGUUGCUGGAAGUUUCUUCAACCCUCCAGCUUGAGGAGCAUUCGUCAAGCUUUGAUGACAUAGUAGUUGGCUGCUCAGAUGGGCAUCCUGCUGAAAUCAUCCUUACCCUGAGUCAAGAGGUUGCACAAUUGACUUCUCUUGUCACUGAAUUGAACACCAAUACAGCAGAAUCUAUAGAAGACCUGUCGGGUGGUUCUUUUACUAUGAGUAUCAUUGCCGAAGGGUUCCCUGUCUUGGAUGCACUGACAAUUGUAGUUCGCUCGAUGCACAAUUGUAAAGUUCUUGGCUACUAUGGGGGUAUACAAAAGCUUACUGCACUAAUGAAAGCUGCAGUUGUCCAACUUAAGACAGUUACAGUUGCACUUGCUGCUGACGAAGGUUUAUCAAAUCCUACUGUAGAGAAGACUAAAAUGUUGCAGAAGAUACUUAUCUAUGUGGUUUCAAUAAUUUUCAGUUUUAUUUAUUUAAACUUAAAUGCACAUGAGAAGGCUCAGUUGCAUGCCAGUAGUUCGGAUUUUUCUGUUCCAACACGCAGUGCAUGCUUGAGUGAUCCUUCUACUGGUUUGAAGACUUCUAUAUCUGAAACGUGGCGGCAGUGGCAUCAGAAGGCAGUUGUAUCAGUAAUGGAAGCUGGUGGCUUAAAUUGGUUAGUAGAGCUGUUGCGCGUCAUCAGACGAUUAAAUAUGAAAGAGCAGUGGACUGAUAUCUCUCUUCAGUAUUUGACUUUGAGAACUCUUCAGUCAGCACUAUUUGAAAAUCCACGUGGUCAGAAUCAUUUUAGAAGUAUUGGUGGACUUGAAGUUCUUUUGGAUGGGCUUGGCCUUCCCUCAGAUAAUGCAUUGCUGUCAAGGAAUACCCGUCUUGCUGAGAAAGACAGAAAGGAGAAUCCUUUCCCGGUUGUGUUUGGGCUUCAACUUCUUUCUUUAGAAGUCCUAAGGGAGGUGGUCUUUGGGAAUUUAAACAACUUACAGUUUCUUUGCGAAAACGGAAGGGUGCAUAAACUUGCAAAUAGCAUCUGCUGGCCUGCUUUCAUGCUUCAAGAAUUCAGACAAUGGAGUAUGGGCUCAUCUCUACAGGCUGAUCUUCAUGUGCCUGUUUUGGACUCUAAAGAGGAGUUUCCUGUAAUAGUCUCUUCAAUAGGGCCUCUUGUUCCGUUUGACACUUAUGUUUCUUUUUCUCAAUAUUGGAAAGAUUAUGCUGCUAAGUUAAGUAGUAUACUUUGUUCUUUCCUUAUGGUUUCUGAAGAUUUUCAGUUACAUCAUGUCCACACAUCAGUUGGUCGAACUGCUGUGGCAGUUUCUCCAGUAUAUUGGGAGCUUUCUAUAAAAUGGAUCAUGAAGGUUCUUCUUACCGUGUUGCCGUGCAUUAAAGCUUGCUCUAAUCAAAAUGAGCUGCCAGGCCAUUUAAGGGUUUUGGUUAAUACAUUGGAACGCUGUGUUCUUUAUACAUUCAGAAGGGUUCUUGUUUCUUCACCAGCAUUACUUGAAGUAUUUCGAGAAGAGGGAAUAUGGGACCUUAUUUUCUCUGAGAAUUUUUUCUAUUUUGGACCAACUUCAGAUGAAAGCUCUGGGGAACUCAUAAAAGAUAUUGAAGAGGUUCCUAGAUAUUCUGAACUAUCUUCUACCUCUAGCUCCUCUAUGAAUCAAGUAAAGUUGGAUGACGUUGAAAUUCUUCAAUUGGAGGUGAUUUCUUUUGUGGAGUUUGCUGCAACAUUCAAUGGGAGUGCACAUAACUUGCCUGAAUGUUCUGUGUUGUUAGAUGCACUUGAACAAUCUGUUUGUCAACCUGAAAUUGCAAAUGUUCUUGCAAAGAGCCUACAUCGUAUCCUACAGCUUGCAACUGAGAAAACUGUUGCUUCUUUCAAGACAUUGAAUGCAAUUCCGAGAGUGCUCAAAGUUGCUUGUGUUCAAGCCCAAGAAUUCAGAAGGUCUGGAUGUAUAAGCCCUCUUGUUGAGAAUGAGUUUACAGAGGGUGAAAAUUAUCAGAGCAGUAGUUCAAUUGAGAGAGCUCAAAGUUGGCUUAAAUGCAUGAAGACUUCUAUGGAGCUCUUUACUGAGUAUCUAUCAGUAGUGGAUGAUGCAAAGAGUUUAGUUUUACGUGACUCUUCAUCGAUUGAUUGCUUAUUUAAUUUGUUCUGGGAAGGAGAGUUGAGGAAGCAAGUGCUGAGACAUAUUCUUGAUCUAAUGAAGCUGCCACCAUCUUUUAAAGAAGAUCAAGUAGCACUGUUGCACUUAUGCUCUAAAUAUUUGGAGAUGUUUACUUCUGUAAAGGAAAGAGAACAGAAUUUUGCAGAAUUGUCAAUUGGUCUAUUGGUUGGUAUGAGAGAUAUGCUUUUAAGUGAUAAAAUGUAUUAUCAGACUUUGUUCCGUGAUGGAGAAUGCUUUUUGCACAUUGUCUCUUUGUUAAAUGGAAAUCUUGACAAGGGUAGUGGAGAAAAGUUGGUCCUGAAUGUUCUUCAAACACUGACUUCUCUGCUUGCAGGAAAUGAUACCUCAAAGGCUUCUUUUAGAGCUCUUGUGGGGAAGGGUUAUCGGACAUUGCAAAGUUUGUUGUUGGAUUUUUUCCAGUGGCAGUCAAGUGAAGGGCUUUUGAGUGCUCUGUUAGACAUGCUUGUUGAUGGAAAGUUUGAUAUCAAAUUGACAACCGUAAUAAAGAAUGAAGAUGUGGUCUUACUUUUUUUAAGUGUUCUGCAGAAGAGCAGUGAUUCAUUGCGGUCUUAUGGGCUUAAUGUAUUUCAGCAACUGCUAAGAGAUUCCAUCUCUAAUCGAGAUUCAUGUGUGAGAGCAGGAAUGCUUAAUUUUCUUCUUGAUUGGUUUGCCCAAGAGGAGAAUGACGGUGUGAUUUUGAAAAUUGCUCAACUAAUUCAAGUUAUCGGUGGUCAUAGCAUAUCUGGCAAGGACAUACGGAAAAUUUUUGCUCUUCUUCGUGGUGACAAAAUUGGGGCAAGGCAACAGUACUGCUCAUUGCUGUUGAUCAGCAUUCAAUCUAUGCUUAACGAAAAAGGGCCUGCUGCCUUUUUCGAUCUCAGUGGAAAUGAAUCUGGAAUUGUAAUAAGAACACCGGUGCAGUGGCCUCACAAUAAGGGAUUUUCCUUCUCAUGUUGGGUCAGAGUAGAAAACUUCCCCAGAACAGGAACCAUGGGUCUUUUUAGUUUUCUUACAGAAAAUGGGAAAGGGUGCUUUGCUGUGUUUGGGAGAGACAAGUUGGUUUAUGAGUCUAUCAACGUCAAACGACAGUGUGUUUCGUUGCAUCUGAGCCUAGUGCGAAAGAAAUGGCAUUUUCUUUGCAUUACUCAUAGCGUUGGGAGAGCAUUUUCUGGCGGAAGCAUACUGCGAUGUUACCUUGAUGGUGAUCUUGUAUCAUCUGAGAAAUGCAGGUAUCCUAAGAUUAAUGAAGCUUUGACAUGUUGUUCAAUUGGAGCAAAAGUAAGUCCAGCUGUGUAUGAAGAAGAGAACCCACUGUUCUCUGUCAGAGAAUGUUCUCCGUUUCUUGGACAGAUUGGUCCAGUUUAUAUGUUCAGUGAUGCUAUUUCUUCUGAGCAAAUCUUGGGCAUUUAUUCCCUAGGGCCAAGUUAUAUGUAUUCAUUCCUUGAUAAUGAAGUUGCACUUGCUUCCGACUACCCUUUGCCCAGUGGAAUUCUUGAUCCAAAAGAUGGUCUUGCAUCUAGAAUCAUUUUUGGUCUCAAUGCGCAGGCCAGUGAUGGCAGGAAUUUAUUUAAUGUUUCACCACUGCUGGAUCAUGCACUGGACAAGAACUCAUUUGAAGCUGUAGUAAUGGCUGGAACACAGUUAUGUUCUCGUCGCUUGUUGCAACAGAUAAUUUACUGUGUUGGGGGUGUCUCAGUAUUUUUUCCACUUUUGACUCAGUUCGGUAAAUUCGAAGAUUCUGAGAGUGAACAAACGGAGGAGACAAUUCUUAGAUCUAUCACUAGGAAUUGUAUUGCAGCUGAAGCUGUUGAGCUUAUAGCUUCUUUCCUGGAUGAGAAUAUAGCAAAUCAGCAACAAAUGCAUCAUGUUUCUGGGUUUUCCAUUCUGGGAUUUUUGUUGCAAUCAGUUCCAUCCCAGCAGCUUAAUUUGGAAACCCUGUCAGCUUUGAAACACAUGUUUAAUGUUGUGGCAAACUGUGGCCUGUCAGAGCUGCUGGUGAGAGGUGCAAUUUCGAGCAUAUUUCUUAAUCCUCUUAUCUGGGUACAUACGGCUUACAACGUUCAGCGCGAGCUGUAUAUGUUUCUUAUACAGCAAUUUGACAAUGAUCCAAGACUACUUACAACUCUCUGUCGGCUUCCACGCGUUAUUGAUAUAAUACACCAGUUUUACUGGGACAAACCAAAAACUCGCUCUGCUUUUGGCAGCGUGCCUCUUUUGCAUCCUGUCAGUAAACAGAUAAUUGGAGAGAGACCAAGUCGAGAAGAAAUUCAUAAAAUACGUCUUGUUCUGUUAAGUCUUGGUGAAAUGAGUCUCAGGCAGAACAUUGCAGCAUCAGAUAUAAAAGCGCUUAUAGCUUUUUUUGAGAGAAGUCAAGAUAUGGCAUGUGUUGAGGAUGUGUUACAUAUGGUUAUUCGUGCUGUUUCUCAAAAGCCAUUGCUUGCUUCUUUUCUGGAACAAGUUAAUAUUCUUGGUGGCAGUCACAUUUUCGUUAAUCUCCUUCAGAGGGAAUCCGAACCAAUAAGAUUGCUCAGUUUGCAAUUCCUGGGAAGACUUUUGGUUGGACUUCCAUCUGAGAAGAAGGGACCCAGAUUUUUCAAUCUUGGAGUUGGAAGAUCCAGAUCUCUUUCAGAAAGCCAUAGGAAGGUCAAUACAAGGCUGCAACCAAUUUUUUCUGCAAUAGCUGAUAGACUUUUCAAGUUUCCACAAACAGAUCUUUUGUGUGCCACCUUGUUUGAUGCUCUUCUUGGGGGUGCUAGCCCAAAGCAGGUCUUACAGAAGCAUAAUCAAGCUGACAAGCAGAGGAGCAAAGGAAACAAUUCCCACUUCUUCCUUCCUGAGAUGUUGGAGCUUAUUUUCAGAGUUCUGUCAAGCUCUAAUGACACAUCUACAAGAGUGAAAAUAUUAUGGGAUUUGCUUGAUCUUCUUGAUUCAAAUCCUUGCAAUAUCGAAGCGUUGGUGGAACAUGGUUGGAAUUCCUGGCUAGCAACAUCUGCAAAGCUUGAUGUACUUAAAAACUACAAAGCUGUGUCAAGGGAUCAAAGUGAUGGUAGGGCAAAUGAACAGCAUCUUGUGAGGAACUUAUUUUGCGUUGUUCUUUGUCACUAUAUGCAUUCUGUGAAAGGUGGCUGGCAGCAUUUAGAAGAGACAUUGAAUUUCCUACUCGUUCAGUCGGAGCAAGGUGACAUCUCAUAUCGGGACUUACUUCGUGAUAUCUUUGAGGAUUUAGUUGGGAGACUUGUAGAAUUAUCUUCUGAGGACAACAUUUUUGUGUCUCAACCAUGUCGAGACAAUACACUAUACCUCUUAAGACUGGUCGAUGAGAUGCUUAUAGAAGAAAUUGGUCAUAAACUGCCGUAUCCUGGAAGUAGCUCUGAUAUUUUCCCUGAUUCUCUCGAACUAGAAAGCCAGUAUGAUCUCAACUCGACUUUAUCUGAGACCUCUCGAGGAGAAAACAGUGACAGGACGCUUAGAAACCCUGAACUCCAUAAGCAGCCUUUGUUGAAUGAAGAUGACGCCAUGAAUGAUGAGUGGUGGAAUUUAUAUGACAAGCUGUGGAUAAUUAUUAGUGAGAUGAAUGGAAAGGGGCCAAGCAAGAUUCUAACGAAACCCUCUUCAUCAAUUGGCCCAUCUCUUGGUCAAAGAGCUCGUGGCUUAGUAGAAUCAUUAAAUAUCCCAGCUGCUGAAAUGGCUGCUGUUGUUGUGUCGGGAGGAAUCAGCAAUGCUUUGGGUGGAAAACCAAGUAAAAGUGUCGAUAAGGCUAUGCUCUUAAGAGGGGAAAAAGUUCCAAGAACUGUUUUUCGGCUUGUUAUUUUAUAUUUGUGUAAAGCUGGUCUAGAAAGAGCCUCAAGAUGUGUUCAACAGGUCAUUCCACUGCUUCCCUGCCUUCUGGCUGCUGAUGAUGAGCAAAGCAAGAACAAACUGCAGCUCUUUAUUUGGUCCUUGCUCACUGUUAGGUUGCGAUAUGGAAUGAUGGAUGAUGGGGCCCGUUUUCAUGUUCUAUCACAGUUGAUUCGAGAAACAGUCAACUGCGGGAAAUCCAUGCUUGCUACUGGUAUUGUGGGCAAAGAUGAUUCAUCAGAUUCAGUCAGCAAGCAAGCAAGCUCCAUUCAUGGUUUAAUUCAGAAAGAAAGGGUCCUUGCUAUGAUCGCUGAUGAGGUAAAGUACAUUAGCACUUCAAAAGCUGAUCGCAACAAACAAUUGCAUGAGCUACGAGUUAGGAUGGAUGAAAUAUCCUAUGCUGAAUCUAAUCAGAAAAGAGCUUUUGAAGAUGAGAUACAAAGUAGCUUAAGCACCAUUCUUGCUUCUGAUGAUAGUAGACGAGAUGCUUUCCAGCUUGCUCAUGAUGAGGAUCAGCAAAUUGUUGCUCAAAAAUGGAUCCACAUGUUUCGUGCUUUGAUUGAUGAAAGAGGUCCAUGGUCAGCAAAUCCUUUCCCUAAUAGUACCAUCACACAUUGGAAACUUGACAAGGCAGAAGAUAUGUGGAGACGUAGACCAAAAUUAAGACGGAAUUAUCAUUUUGAUGAAAAGCUGUGUCAUCCUCCAUCCACUGCCUCCAGCAACGAUAUUUGUCGUCCUGUCAGUGAAAGCAAAACUGGUUUUGGGAGCCAUAUUCCUGAGCAAAUGAAACGCCUUAUAUUGAAAGGACUGCACAAGAUCACUGAUGAAGGAAGCAUGGAGCCUAGCGAAAAUGAUACAGAGCAAAAUGAGCCCAAAGCCUUUGCCCCUGAGGAUCCUUCAGACCAGUCCCCGGAGCUUUUGAAAGAUGGCUCUGAGCAGAAGGAUAUUGGUCAAGAUAGGAAGGAUCCUUCCUUCAGUACAGCAGAGACAGAAACUAGUGAGGUUCUUCUUUCUGUUCCUUGUGUGCUUGUUACACCAAAGAGAAAACUUGCUGGGCAUUUAGCAGUCAUGAAAAGUGUUCUACACUUCUUUGGUGAGUUUUUGGUGGAAGGAACUGGAGGAUCAUCUGUUUUUAACAGCUUUCAUGUCUCAAGUAGUUCCGACUCCACCAAGCCUGAUCAAUUGGGUGGAGUCCAGAACCAGAAGUUAUCAAAGUGGCCCUUAAAUUCUGAUGUGGAGUUUGAGAAAGGAAACUCUAUUGAUAGCACAGAUAUAGUGGAUGAAACUGUACUUCAAAAACAACCAAACCAUAUCAAACGCCACCGUAGAUGGAAUGUCUCCAAGAUCAAAGCUGUUUACUGGACUCGCUAUUUGCUAAGACACAGUGCAAUAGAGGUUUUCUUCAAUGAUUCAUCUGCCCCCAUAUUUUUUAAUUUUGCUACAACUAAGGUUGCCAAAGAUGUCGGGACGUUGAUAGUCUCCUGUAGAAAUGAAUCAUUGUUCCCAAAAGGAAGUGCCAAGGACAGGAGCGGAGUUAUUUCAUUUGUAGAUAGACGUGUUGCAGUGGCUCUGGCAGAAACUGCAAGAGAGAGCUGGAGAAGAAGGGAUAUAUCCAACUUCGAAUACCUAAUGAUACUCAAUACACUUGCAGGCAGAUCCUACAAUGACUUGACUCAAUAUCCGGUCUUCCCUUGGGUUUUGGCUGAUUAUUCCUCUGAGAAACUUGACUUUAACAAAUCUUCAACUUUCCGGGACCUUUCGAAACCUGUUGGUGCUUUGGAUUCAAAAAGGUUUGAGGUUUUUGAGGAUAGAUAUCGUAACUUCUGUGAUCCUGAUAUUCCUAGUUUCUACUAUGGGUCCCACUAUUCGAGCAUGGGGAUGGUGCUCUUCUAUCUUCUUAGAUUAGAGCCUUUCACAACUCUGCACCGUAAUUUGCAGGGUGGUAAAUUUGACCAUGCGGAUCGCCUUUUCCAAAGCAUUGAGGGCACAUACAGGAACUGCCUUUCUAAUACAAGUGAUGUGAAGGAGUUAAUACCUGAAUUCUUUUACAUGCCAGAAUUUCUUGUGAAUUCAAACUCAUAUCAUUUGGGAGUGAAACAGGAUGGUGAACCUAUUGCCGAUGUUUGUCUUCCCCCUUGGGCCAAGGGGUCUCAUGAAGAAUUUAUAAACAAAAAUCGAGAAGCUCUUGAAAGUGAAUAUGUCAGCUCCAAUCUCCAUCAUUGGAUUGAUUUGGUAUUUGGUUACAAGCAGCGUGGGAAACCUGCAGUGGAGGCAGCCAAUGUCUUCUAUUAUUUAACUUAUGAAGGUGCAGUUGAUCUGGAUACUAUGGAAGAUGAAUUGCAAAGAUCUGCCAUUGAAGAUCAGAUAGCAAAUUUUGGGCAAACACCAAUUCAGAUUUUUCGUAAAAAACACCCCAGAAGAGGCCCUCCAAUUCCCAUUGCUCAUCCUUUAUAUUUUGCUCCUGGUUCAAUAAGUUUGACUUCCACUAUUUCUAGUACAACUCAUCCUCCAUCUGCUGUAUUAUUUGUUGGUAUAUUAGACUCGAACAUUGUCCUUGUGAACCAGGGGCUCACCCUGUCAAUCAAGAUGUGGUUGACCACUCAACUUCAAUCCGGUGGAAAUUUCACCUUUUCUGGCUCACAGGAUCCUUUUUUUGGAAUUGGUUCUGAUGUUCUUGUCCCUUGUAAAAUUGGUAGUCCAUUGGCUGAAAAUAUUGAGCUUGGAACACAAUGCUUUGCUACAAUGCAAACUCCAUCUGAAAAUUUUUUGAUCUCUUGUGGCAAUUGGGAAAACAGCUUCCAGGUCAUAUCCCUUAAUGAUGGAAGAAUAGUGCAAAGUAUCCGGCAGCACAAAGAUGUGGUCAGUUGUGUUGCAGUGACAUCUGAUGGAAGCAUCCUUGCUACUGGAAGUUAUGAUACAACAGUCAUGGUGUGGGAGGUUUUUCGUGUCCGAGGAACAGAAAAGAAAGUUCGAUAUGCACAAACAGAGCUACCCAGAAAGGACUAUAUUAUUGUUGAAACUCCUUUCCAUAUCCUUUGUGGCCAUGAUGAUGUAAUCACGUGUUUAUUUGUCAGUGCAGAGCUUGAUAUAGUUAUCAGUGGGUCAAAAGAUGGAACUUGUGUUUUCCACACCUUGCGAGAAGGAAGAUAUAUAAGGUCUCUUCAGCAUCCAUGUGGCAGUGCCCUGUCAAAACUGGUUGCAUCUAGGCAUGGACGGAUAAUAUUUUAUGCUGAUGAUGAUCUCAGUUUGCACCUCUAUUCUAUAAAUGGAAAACACAUUGCAACAUCGGAAUCUAAUGGGCGUCUGAAUUGUGUUGAACUCAGUAGUUGUGGUGAGUUCUUGGUUUGUGCAGGCGACCAAGGACAGAUAGUUGUAAGGUCGAUGAACUCACUUGAGGUUGUGAGAAGGUAUGAUGGUGUUGGGAGGAUUAUAACAUCUCUAACUGUGACACCAGAAGAGUGCUUCUUAGCUGGCACCAAGGAUGGAAGCCUUCUUGUAUAUUCCAUAGAAAACCCUCAGCUUCGAAAAACUAGCAUUCCUCGAAAUGUGAAAUCAAAAGCUUCUUUGACAGGAUAGACAAUUCCAUACUGCACCUCUAGAUUUCCUCCAUCAGUGCUGACCAAUGAUGUUGACCUGAGAUGGCUUAAGAGUUAUUUCAGUAUGGUGUAGAUUUGCAAGGGAGACCACUGUUGAUGCAGAUUGUUUGAUCCACGGCCAUGCAGCAGCUACAACAUCAAGGUCGGGAACUUAACCAAUAGUGCUUCAUCACUCCCACCUAUUUCACUUCACAAAACUGCUGAAGCUUCACAUCCUCAGGUAAUCCUUACUUCAUGAACAUGAAGGUGAUAAAGCCUUCUACAUCUUAUGGGAUAUUUACAUGUCACAAAUCACUCACCUGCCAUUUCACCAAAAGGGCAUAUGUUCCAUUGUACAAAUUCAAGCGGGGGCUCAUCAUAUCUAUUUUCAGGUGGUGCGCUGGCUAGCGGAUCUCUCUCAAUACAUUUGUGUACAUUAAAUUCUUGAACAUUGAUUUAGGGGAAAUUUUUUUCUAAUUUUUCUUUCCCCUUUGUAUCAAUAUAACAUAGUGCGCAAAUAUGUAACUUGUAUAGUUAGGCUUAAUGCCUUGCAAUAUGAAUGAGAGGUGGUGUUCAAUUUAAAA